AUGUGGCGAGUUCAAAAAUAUGGUCUGGGCAGAUCGGAUUUGCUUUUCGGCCUCAGUGAUGUUCGAUUCUUGACAGGUCAGCAGAUAGAGACCGCUGCCCGAAGGAAGAAGAUCGUGGCUCGGAGAAAACUUUUUGUCCGCUCGGGGAACAAUGUCCCUGUGCAUCGUAAUCGAUUGGACAUGAUUGCGAGGCAAACCCAGCUUGUGCAGCAGUCGAUCCCCACCGCACAUAAUCGAGGGUGCACCGAAAGUUAUCACGGGGAGCAAAGACGAACGUGGAGCUUCGCCUCUUAUGAGAAGCAUGAGAUUUACAAGCAACGAUAA